AUGCCCCCUUCUGUCAUGGACACGCGUGGCUUCGGGGACGAGCCUGGGCUUAAACGGCCACCGCCGUUCUACGAUGCACUGCCACGCUCCGUCAACUACUCGCCCAAACAUCUGCGCCAGCCAUCGUCUCUUCUGAGCUCGCGUAACCUCAACAUGAAAAACUUGCAGCUCAAUCUCACGCCGCCAUCUCUGUCCGCAGCGCUGCCUCCUCGCCGCAAUCUCGCCGUCGCCAUCCCGCCUUCUCCGCACCAGCCCCUACUCCUGUCAAGCCCGCCUCACGGCUGGCCCGCGCCACCAGCCCUACAGAGCCCGUUCCGUUCACAUCCACUGCUGCAAAACGCCCUGAAAGCUGCUCUGCGUGACAGCUUGUGCGCGCUGGCUCGUGCUCUGCCCGCCAGUCUCCCAUAUACAUACGCCGAGCCCGAAGAACUCCAGGAACAGUCGACACUCAAUGCGUACCCUGACGGACCAGCCAACGUGCUCAGUCUGGUGUUAUAUCUCUACCUGGACCCACGCCACUCGCGCACGCCUAUCGAUAUUAACCAGUAUGACUUGGUGAUUAAUGUGGCCAGCGAAUGUGAUAACUUGGCGGCCCAAUUUGAUGCGUCUCAGGGCCGCCGCUACAUCUACGUCCCGUGGUCCCACAACCUGCCAAUUCUGCACGAGCUCCCCCAGCUCACACGCACAAUAGCUGACUUUGACCGUGCUGGCCGCAAGAUUCUCGUCCACUGCCAGUGCGGUGUGCUGCGGCUGGCGUGCGUCAUCGUGGCGUAUUUUAUGGUCAAGUUUGCUCUCCUGGUGAAUGAGGCUUAUGAACUCCUCAAAACCGGCACCGGAAACACGCGAGAACCUUGCAUUCGCCACGUUGCUGACGCCGGCUACACCGUGCAAGCAUGCGAACGCAUUUGCCCCAACAUGAAUCUCAUUUUUGAGCUCAUGGACUUUGGCGAGGCUCUCGCCAGCGCGUCGGGCGCGUCCUGUUGA